AAACUUGUCAGUUUCUGCAACACUACAAACAUGAAUGCGGCGAGAAGAAGGGGAAUAAUCAUUUUCUCUAUCCUUUGUACCGUGCUUUUGGUGAGCUUCAGGCUAUUUGUGGCCAACAAGAAUGGGGUGAUGCCCAACAGUGCCAACGAAAACUUACUUGGCAUCUCUAAGCUCAUUUCCAGCCAAAACAAUCUCAAACAAGACGAAUUAUUAAACAAGAUGACGAAGCUCAACAAGCAAUUUUUGGUCAAGCAGGAAGCACGUUUGUCCAACUUGGAAGAACAAAACCAGUUGAUAUUGGAAAAGCUUAGUCAGUUGAACCAGAAACAGUUGUACAACUCGGGUGCGCCUAUAAGGGAUAAACUUAUUAAUUUGGUACCUUACGAUUCCAGUGUCAGAUUCCCUGCUUACAUCUGGCAGACUUGGAAACAUGGGUUGAACGAUGAGCGAUUCAAACAGUUAUAUCGUCAAGGAGAAACCCAGUGGGCUGUCAAAAACCCAGGGUUUGUUCAUGAACUUUUCAACGAUGAUACCACGUAUUCCGUGGUGAAACAUUUAUAUGGAAGUGUGCCCGAGGUGGUCAGGGCAUACGAACUACUUCCUGAAGUGAUAUUGAGAAUGGACUUUUUCAGGUACUUGAUUUUGUUUGCCAAAGGAGGUAUCUACGCGGACAUUGACACUUAUCCUUUACAACCUAUCCCCAAUUGGAUUCCUGAAAAUGUCAGUCCCGAUGAGUUGGGAAUGAUAGUGUCGGUAGAAAUCGACUCUAAAAACAAAAACUGGGCUAAGAACUAUCACAGAAGAUUGCAAUUUGGUCAAUUUGUGAUACAAUCCAAACCCGGACACCCUAUAUUAAGAGAGAUAAUUAGUGUUAUUGUGGAUGAAACUUUGCACAAAGAGAGAUCUGAGUCGCUAUUCCUCGUGGGUAACUCCAAUGAAAAGCAGCUCGAUAUUCUCAAGUGGACUGGCUCUGGAGUUUGGACAGACGUGAUAAUGACCUACUUCAAUGAUUAUAUCAAAUCUUCGAUUUACAACCGAAUUACCUGGAAAGACUUCACUGAUUUGGAGAUUCCUAAGUUGGUGUCGGACGUGUUAGUUCUUCCCAAGAAGUCAUUUGCUUCUGAAAUAGAGAUCCCUCAGGACGGAAAGAUAGAUGACCCAUUGGCAUUUGUCAAGCAUUAUGCCUCUAAAAUCUGGAAAACUACUUAAGCCUAGAUGUAUAGGAUAUUAUAGAAUUGGAUGCGCAUUAUUAAAUCUUUGACUGAAUGGAGCGCACAAGUGCAGCAGCUGCAGCAGCUUUGCACUGGUCAAAUCUCCUGAAAAAACGACCCCUGGAUUUGCUUUCACUGAAGGAAUCUGAUGGUAGGAGCCAGCGUGAAGGAGAUACUCACAAGCCAUUGAAAAAACCAAAGAUAAAUGAGGCCGCAAAGAUCCACGAAUCGCCAAUCCAUCUUCAAUACGCAUUGGGAAUAGAUGACCAAAAAGGCAACAAAGACUGUGUAUAUCUCCAGUCACUUCUUGCUUCUGAAGAUCUCACUGAGACAUAUCAGUUCAAUUUCGCUAUCGAUAUGCUGAUUCUUGUAUCGUGUUUGUCUUCGCAGUUCAUAAAG